GGGAGAAGAGAGUCCAGUCUCUAAACACACGUACAAACACUCCUCCAGCACGCACGUAAAAGCAACCGAGCUGCUUCACUUCACCAGUGAACCAGAGCGUUGAACUCAUCCAGUCUGCGUCCUGUAGUGGAGUUGGGACUUUCCUUCGUUUUCUAAGUGCGAUUCUUUGUUUUGAUUGUUUUGAACCUCAGGGACAGCGGGUUUUUUGCAUUGCAUGUAGCGAACGUGUUUCCUUAUGAUGCCCGGAUAUCCAAGGAGUGUUUGCUCCACGCUUUGGAUUCAUAAUGGGAGGAUUUGUGUCGGAAUAGACAAGGACGCUGCGUAAAGGAGAUCCUGAACUCCCAGUGUGACCAUUGAAGCUCGUUUGAAUCCUCCAAAGUGCGGUAUGGGUCUCUCAUCGACACUGCUUCUGGUUGCUUUUCUGGGCUGGGCUGAAGGUGGUUCCUCUCUUCACUACUUGGACGGUCGGUCCGGCCGCCUCUCUCUGGAGAAAACCUUUGGCCGAUCGCUCAAAGACUCCCAGUGCCAUCACAUGCUGAAGCACCUUCACAAUGGAGCCCGAAUCACUGUGCAGAUGCCUCCCAACGUAGAGGGUCACUGGGUUUCCACCAGCUGUGAGGUGAGACCAGGUCCGGAGUUCCUGACACGCUCUUACAGUUUCUAUGCCAACAACACCUUCCAGGCUCACCAGUUCUACUAUGAGGACAACCACUGCACCAAACCCACCUACACCCUGGUGAUCCGGGGUCGUCUGCGCUUACGCCAGGCCUCCUGGAUCAUCCGCGGCGGCACAGAGGCAGAGUACCACCUCCACCACGUCCAGAUGGUUUGUCACACAGACACUGUGGCCAAAGAGCUCAGCCAAAGGCUCAACCGGAGCUGUAGAGGGGCCGUGAAGGGCCCCUGGGAGCCCAGUGUGAUCUAUGAGCUGUGGAGCGAGGAGGGCGGCUACGACUGCUCCAGGGAGCUUAACUUUGCCAUGCAUGAGCUGCAGCUGCUGAGGGUGGAGAAGCAGUACCUGCAUCACAACCUGGAUCACCUGGUGGAGGAGCUGUUUCUAGGAGACAUCCACACCGAGCCGUCCCAGAGGCUGUACUACAAGCCGUCCAGCUACCAGACCGCCCUGCAAAACGCCAAGAACCAUGACCACGGCUGCAUUGCAUGUCGUAUCAUCUACCGCUCGGAUGAGUUCCACCCUCCCAUCCUGCCACCACGAGCCGACCUGACUAUCGGGUUGUACGGCCAAUGGGUGAGCCAGCGCUGCGAAGUUCGCCCCGAGGUCCUUUUCCUUACCCGUCAUUUUAUCUUCCACGACAAUAACCACACAUGGGAGGGCCACUACUACCACUACUCUGACCCCGUCUGUAAACACCCCACCUUCACAAUCUACGCCCGCGGACGCUACAGCAGAGGGCUUCACUCCACCCGUGUCAUGGGUGGAACAGACUUUGUCUUCAAAGUGAACCACAUGAGAGUAACUCCCAUGGACUUUACCACCACCUCCCUCCUCAACGUCUUCAAUGGUAACGAGUGUGGUGUUCAGGGGUCAUGGCAAGUUGGGGUGGAGCAGGACGUCACCUUAACCAACGGCUGUGUUGCACUGGGCAUCCGUCUCCCCCACACAGAGUACGAGCUUUUCCGCAUGGAGCAGGAUGCCCACGGCCGCUACCUACUCUACAAUGGCCAGCGUCCCAGCGACGGCUCCAGCCCUAACCGUCCAGAGAAGCGGGCAACCUCCUAUCAGAUGCCCCUGGUGCAGUGCUCAGCAAGCAGCCAGCCGUCCGAGUACAGCAGAGCGGACGACAUCGACAGGCCUCUGCAGCAUCACAAUGACUGCACAGGAUGGUACAGAGGCAGCCAGCAACACGUCCAGAUGACUCUCGUGGCAUUCGUCACUUCUUUGCUUCUCAGUUGGCAAAGCUAGAGAGCAGUUAGGGUUUUCUUUUCUACAUAAGACACAACAAGACAAAAGUGUGGAUUACAAGAGCAGACAGCUAAUUUUAACAUUUUACUUCUCUGAUGUGAAAGAGGAUGAAAACCGGUGCCCCUGAUCCUCUGAACUCCUUCCCAGCUACCAAAAGACUUGACACUGCUGCACCACAGAAACUUUAGCACUUUAGAGUGGAACCAAAGACCAACCUGCCUGUGUUUCCACGACUAUACAAAGAUGUCUAUAUAUCCACACAGACCUGAGUUUAUGUUUUAUGCAGUGCAUUUACCUGCAACUAUCAAGUUUUUUCUUGGUUCUGCAAAAAGACUCAAUUUGAUGUGUGGAAACCUUUUCUAUAAUAAACUCUUGACAAUGAGCUCCGUGUCUCGAGGAGAUGUGCUUGUGGAUAGUCAAUGUUUACAGUAAAAAGGCACUACACUCCUUGCAUAACAGCAGUUUCUUUAAAUAUUGCAGGAUGAUGAACUCAACAGUAGUUAUCUGUAAUCUAUUCCAGUAUAAGGUCAUGCCGUUAAUUUGAAUCAAUAAAGGUAAUUCAUUUCCAUGCAUUCUUAAGAGAGCGCUCCAUAUUCACUGGCCAACACUUGACCUUGUUUCUAUUGGGGCCAUUUUGAAAUGAUGUUAUACUCUGAUUGGGAAACAGCAACUGCAAAAUUGGCAUAUAAACGAGCAAUUCCAAGCCAUCACAUGUUUUGUUUUUCUCGGUUAAUGGAAUACAUGAAUAUAUUUCUAGACAUAAAUGGGCCUCUGUGUUAUGUUCAAUUUUGGUCUUAUUGAUCAUACAUAAAAUAACUGUCCUUCUGUUCUAUAAAAGACUGUGCUUUAAGUUAAGUUUGUUGUAACAACAAAUAUAGAAGAUUAAGGUUAACCAGGAAUUUAACUAUUUUUGGGUUAAAUAUUCCUUCAACUGUUUACAACCAUGGUCUAACAUGAAUAACUGGACAUUUAUGUAAAUGAAAAAAACAGAUUCUGGUCACAAAGCACUGUAUAGUAGGCCACACCAUAUCCAGAUUGUGCAGCUCCUUGAAAAGGUUUUCAUUGGGGAAUCUGUGAAAUGACAAAACAAGAGAUUUGGGUCAUUUUUAAAAUUUGAGAGUCGAAUACAUUUAAAAUGGCUGAUGUGGCAUUAGGUCUUCAGGUGUGGCACAGUAUCAGCGCCCCUCAGUUCUUUGGUGGGAUCUCAAUUAUAAUCUUAAUAAAGGACUCUGGGAUGUCAUCAAGCCCAUAAGGGUGGACAACUAUGUGUUUUGGAGUUUACCAGCAUGCUUCUUCUCUACCAAAACUUUCAAUGUUCAACAGAGAAUGAACAAACAUGCCAUCACAGCAUAUUUUAUGUCUGCAGUGGAAAAAUGUUCCUUCAGCCUUAUCUUUGAUGUAGAAUCUUGUUCAGACUGAA